CACACACACACACACACACACACAGCAGUCCUGGACUGUGGCCCCUGACUAGAGACUCCGUCACGCCUCGUAGUCCUACCUAAAAGGUGUCCAUGGUGGUUUUGUGGGACGCAGCAGAAAAAGAGAAGAGAGAAUGGACGUUUCCGUAAAAAACUUUAUGAAGUUACACUGAUUUUUCAAACAUCGGGAGGCACACACCUCGCUUGUGUGUGUGUGUGCCGAGGGCGCAUACCUGUACGGACCUGUCCGUAUAGGUAACACUCAAGUGGGGGAGUCGAUCCUGAAGGAGACACGCCUUUUGCGGCUCCACGGCGCCCCCCUACCCCACCCUCUCUCUCUCUCUCUCUCUCUCUCUCUCUCUCUCUCUCUCUCUCCCUCUCUCUCUCUCUCUCUCGGAAAACGAAGGAAUAACCGAUCUGAACACUGAAAUGUCGUCAAAUGAGAGAGCAAUCCGGGCACUGAGGGAGAUCCUGCAAAAGCCUGGAAAUGAAACUUGCGCAGACUGCGGCGCACCUGAACCUGCAUGGGGCUCCUGCUCCCUGGGGGUGUUCAUCUGUCUGGCCUGCUCUGGCAUCCACCGCAACAUCCCUGACAUGAGCAAGGUCAAGUCCCUGAGCCUUUCCCACUGGGAGGACCACGAGGUGCAGUUCAUGGGUAAGAAUGGAAAUGACCUGAUGAAGAGUAAAUAUGAGGCUGCUGUCCCGGUCUACUAUUACAAACCAACUUACAAAGACUGCCAGGUGUUAAGGGAGCAGUGGAUAAGAGCAAAGUAUGAGAGGAAGGAGUUCUCAGAGCCUGGAAACUUAACAUAUGAGGAAGGAACUAGAGAUGGCAUGCUGAUGAAGAGGGGACGGGACAACGGGCAGUUCCUAAGCAGACGAUUUGUUCUCUCAGAGAGGGAGGGAACUCUGAAGUAUUUCACCAAAUAUGACGCUAAGGAGCCCAAAGCAGUACUGAAGGUGGACACCAUGAACGCAACCUUCCAGCCUGAGAAGAUAGGAAACCCCAACGGCCUGCAGAUCACCUACCUCAAAGACUACAGCACCCGCAACAUCUUUGUCUACCAUGACAACGGCAAGGAGAUCGUAGACUGGUUUAAUUCAAUUCGUGCAGUUCAGCUUCACUAUCUAAAGGUGGCCUUUCCUGGGGCGACGGAUGCUGAGCUGAUACCCAAACUUACCCGGAACUUUCUGAAGGAAGGAUACAUGGAAAAGACAGGUCCCAGGCAAACGGAAGGCUUCAAGAAACGCUGGUUCACUCUGGACCACAGACGACUCAUGUACUUCAAAGAUCCGCUGGAUGCCUUUGCCAAAGGUGAGGUGUUCUUGGGGAACAAGGACCACGGUUACAGCGCCACCCCUGGCUUGCCUGCUGGAACCCACUGCAACGGUGCCUGGCAAUAUGGCAUCACCAUAGAAACACCUGACCGCUGCUUCCUGUUUACUUGCGAAACAGAAAGCGACCAGCAGGAUUGGCUAAAACACUUCAAUGAUGUCAUGAGUGCUCUGAUGUCCCCUCAGGAGUACACAAUGGAAGCCUUGUUCAAGCACAGGCAUUGAUGGAGCAGAGGCCUGAGGGACCAUUUCCUCUUCUCUCAACCCAUCACCAAUCUGACAGGCUCAUCAGCAUCACCUCCACCACUGACUCUUUUAGUGAUUUUUGGAAACUGUUGCAAAACCUAAUCACUAUGGAUGAAUUUUAGGUUCAUUAGACAUUCUAUGCAUGAUUUAAUUGACAUUUCCAAGGUGACAAGUGCCUUGGUCCUCUUUUAUUAAGUAUUCUUUAUCUAAGUAUUUUGUGAUGAUUUGUUAAUGCUAAUAAGGUACAGGGAGUGAAAUGGAUAAAAACAGUACAGUUUAUCACCCGAUAGAAAACAAUUGUUUGUGUGGAUUCAGAAUAGCUUUUGAUUUUUCUUUAUUUUAAAAAAGCAUUUUUAUUAAUUUGUUGUUUCACAUAAACGCUGUAAUUACUUUUAUGACUUAACACAUUUACAUUAAGCAACAGUACUGCAGCCCAGGUCAUGAGCUGCAUGAGCUACAUAAUGCUACUUGCUGUGCUGUUUCAGUCCGAAAGCUCAAAAGCAAAGCAAUAUCUUCAGGCACACUACUUGUACAGUUUAUGUCAUGAAGUCAAUAUGACUUCUAUAAUUUUGUAUU